AUGAUUGUUUUCGGGAUCACCAUAUGGAAUGGGAGCAUAUCCAGGAAUGCUCGGAAUGGGCAUGAGUCCAUAUGGAAUGGGAAUGUCCUGGAAUGCCAGGAGCAAUGGGAAUGGGAGGCGGCUACGGUGACUCUUACAAGCUCAUAA